AUGGGGAGAAAACUGGAUCUUUCGAAGCUCACGGACGAAGAGGCCAAGCACAUCUGGGAGGUGGUGCAGCGGGACUUCGAUCUGAGGAGGAAAGAAGAGGAAAGACUGGAGGGGCUGAAGGGCAGGAUGAGGAAGGAGAGCUCCCAGAGGGAGCUGCUGGCAGACGCGGCCCACCUGAAUGAGACCCACUGCGCCCGCUGCCUGCAGCCCUACGGGCUCCUCGGGACCCCUAGAAGGCAGUGCCUGGACUGCCGCCUCUUCGCCUGCCAGGACUGUAGCCACGCCCACCCGGAGGAGGAGGGCUGGCUCUGCGACCCCUGCCACACGGCCAGGGUGGUGAAGAUGGGCUCGCUGGAGUGGUACUACGGGCACCUGAAAGCCCGCUUCAAGCGGUUCGGGAGUGCCAAAGUGAUCCGGUCCCUGUGCGGGCGGCUGCAGGACGGAGGUGGGCCCGAGCCAAGCCCUGGAGAAGGAAGUGGAGACAGUGAGCAGACAGAAGAAGAUGGAGAGCCAGACACAGUGGCCCAGGCCCAGCCCCUUGGGAGCAAAAAGAAGCGCCUCUCCAUUCACGACUUGGACUUUGAGGCCGACUCCGACGACUCGACUCGGUCCUGCGGUCACCCCCCGUCUCUGCCCCCAGACCCGAUGGCCACAGCCAGCCUGCAGCGUCUCACCGGCCACCAGCCCACAGACGCCGACAGAGAAGAAGAGACCCUAAAGAGGAAGCUGGAGGAGCUGACCAGCCACAUCAGUGACCAGGAGGCCUCGUCCGAGGAGGAGGGGAGCAAGGGGGGAGAGGCAGGACUGGACAGGAAAACCUCCAUCCAGGACCUUCCCGGGGCAGCCCGGGAGGUGUGCGUGGCUGCGGGCCGAGCGCCCAGACGGGAAGCGAGCCCCCGGGACCCUCAGGAGCUAGUGCAGCCCGGCGGCCCCACGGACAAGAUGCUGCUGGAGCUGGAAGACAGGGUGGCCGUGACGGCCUCCGAGGUUCAGCAGGUGGAGAGCGAGGUUUCCAACAUCAAGUCCAAGAUUGCCGCCUUGCAGGCUGCGGGGCUCACGGUGAGGCCCUCGGGAAAGCCCCGGCGGAGGUCCAACCUCCCGAUUUUUCUUCCCCGACUUGUUGGGAGAUUCGACCAGAGUCCUAAGGAUCCGAAUGCAGAGACUUCGGAUGAGGUCAAGGUGAUGACUGCACCCUAUCUCCUGAGAAGGAAGUUCAGUCAUUCCCCGAAAAGUCAAAGUAAAGACGGUGACUCCUUCGAUCGUCAGUCAGCGUACCGUGGGUCCCUGACACAGAGAAACCCCAACAGCAGGAAGGGACUGGCCAACCACAGCUUUGCAAAACCUGUGAUGACCCACCAGCCCUGA